AUGUGCCAAACCAGCUGCUCCUCAGGCUGCCAGCCAACCUGCUGCAUACCCAGCCCCUGCCAGGCAUCCUGCUACAUGCCCGUGAGCUGCCAGUCCUCCGUGUGCGUGCCCGUGAGCUGCCAGUCCUCCGUGGGUGUGCCCGUGAGCUGCACGCUCAUUGUGCGUGUGGCCCCCUCCUGCCAGCCCUCUGUGUGCGUGCCUGUGAGCUGCAGGCCCAUCAUAUAUGUGACUCCCUUCUGCCAAUCUUCUGGGUGCUGCCAGCCUCCCUGCACCACCGUCCUCUGCAGACCCAUCUCUUGCAGCGCCCCUUCCUGCUGCUGA